AUGCAGCGGACUCUUAAUCUUCUAUCCAUCGCCGCGCAGGUACGUCGAAAAUCUUCAUCGACCAGGUCUCGCCCUAGUUUUCCAAUAGAUCGUAGCCGCAUAAAUGUGUCCAAGGUAGCAGCAGAAGAGGGUGCAGUGGAUGAAUGUUACUCGGAGGGACCAGUGGGGAGAGUCGUGUGGCUCCUAACUCAAAGUUAUAGUGUGUAUUUCGGAUUUAACAUAGGUGGGAUUUUAUUGGGCGAUGUUGUAGCGGACCUUAUGGAGAAGGAAGAAAAGGCAAAAAAGGACUUCGCGGAAGAUGCAGAGACGUUUGCCUUAUGUAUGAGAAGAAUCAAGAAAGGUUUAGUCAUUCUGGACUAG